CUCGCCUUCCUUUCGUCACCAUGGCCGCUCUCAGUUUCAUCGGAAAGCCCAUCUCUCUCAUUUCUCAUUCGGAUGUACGAUACAGAGGUAUUCUUGCGGGCAUCGACCCCGUCGCGUCGACUAUUCAACUCUCCAAUGUAUACUCUAUGGGAACGGAGUCGCGAAGACCACCGCAAGAGUACAUCCCACCAGUACAAGAGCCCUACACCUACAUCAUCUUCCGCGCCUCUGAGGUGAAAGAUCUUGCAGUCGAUGAGCCCGCAAACCAACGACGCAAUGUGCACGACGAUCCCGCAGUCAUUGGCGCGUCGGCACCUCAGGUGGCACCCAAUUACCCUCUUUACGGCUCUCCCUCAUACCCCCAACAGGCACCUGCUGGUGUUUCUCCACAGCCCGGGCAAGUGCCCCCACGACAGCAACAACAGUUUGCUAACCGCCAACAAGGCCAGCCGUCGGGCUCUCAACCUGGGCAGACCCCAAAUGGGCAGACACAGGCUAAUGGUGCAGCUCCUCCGCGCCCUGCCGCGCGUAACCCGUCGGUAAACUCGGCAACCGCUUCGAUGGAGACCAUCGAACGUGCCAUUGGUGACCUCCGGGUGUCCAGCGUCACAACCAAUGGCGCCACCCAGCAGCAGCGUGGUGGCCGGCGCGGUGGUGGCCGCCAGGGUGCGGAUCACAAGGCUAGCGACUUGCGCGUGCCGGCGACAGAUUUCGACUUCGAGAGCUCCAACGCUCGCUUUGACAAGGCUGCGCUCGCCCCAUCCCCCCGUGGCACCCCCAAGAACGAUAGCGAGAGCCCCGAAGGGGAGGAGAAGGAGGAAGAGAAAGAGAAAGAGCCGGCAUACAAUCCGAAGAAGUCGUUCUUCGAUUCAUUGUCGUCGGGCAGCAAUGGCCCGGGCCCGUCUGGUGGUGAAGGACGUGGACGUGGCGGCCGUCGCGGAGGCGGACGUAACCGCCGAGAAGAGGAAAGGGAGCGCAACGUAGCAACUUUCGGUGAGCCUGGUGGUGUCGGUCUGAUGGGUCCUGGCGCGUAUGUUGGUGGAUGGGGAGGAUACGGUCGCCGUGGCGGAGGUGGACGUGGACGACGUGGAGGAGCUAUUGGUGCCCGUUCCUGACAUGCGUUCGAUGCAGCGACCUGGGGUGCAGUUGUGGGCAGUUGACUGCCAUGGCUCCUGAAUGUUACUACACUUUUUGUCUCUGGUAGUUGAUGAUGAGUCGAAUGCAGAGCGGUU